AUGAACGACCCUGGACUAGAUGAGCCUGCCCAAGAGGCUGCUCAGGAUGUCGAGAAUACCAUGCAAGUGGAGGAUGAGCAGGCUGAACGAGAGGAGCGCCAUCGAUGGUGGUUUGCGUCUACAGCAAGUCCACUCAUAGCGGGAACCUUUGGGCCGAUUGCCAACGGCAUGUCUAUAUGUGCCCUUGUCGAAAAGUGGAGAGUAUACAUUCCUCCAGGCAGUGAUGAGGCGCAUGGGACCAAAAUCGAGGAUCCGAGAUGGCUCAUUGCAGUCAACUCUGUGUCUCUCAUCUUUGCGCUAUCAGCAAAUGCCAGUCUACUUCUCAACAUGUCACGGAGACUGAAAUUCGCCAUUGCGCAGCCGAUCACCAUCAUCGGGUUCUACAUGGCAGGCUUCCUCCUUAUGGCGCUCGUUGGCGUGGCCUCAUCACCGGUGUUCCGUAUCCAGCCCAUGCAACAACACGCACUGAGCCAGGCUUACUACUACGCCAUAAUGGCUGCUGGCGUUUACUUCAUCAUUGCAUCGCUCAUGGCAUUUACCGCCUUUGGAGCAUACAAGGGGCACUAUGAUCGCGAGUUUCGACUAACCGCUAGCCAAAGAACGUUAAUGCUGCAGACCAUUGCCUUUAUGGUUUACCUCCUUCUCGGAGCUUUGGUUUUCUCUUAUAUAGAGAACUGGAUGUUCUUGGACUCGGUCUUCUGGGCGAAUUUUACGUUACUCACAAUUGGAUACGGUGGAGAGCUCGUCCCGACAACGCAUACCGGCCGUUCAUUGCUGAUACCAUAUGCUAUUGGUGGGCUCGUCAUGGUCGGUUUGGUCAUCGGAUCGAUCAGGUCGCUUGUGCUGGAGCAUGGGAAACAAAAGAUGACAGCUCGGUUCACCGAAGUCAAGAGACAAAGGGUCAUCGAGUCCAUCGAUACAGAAACAAAGACCAUACGCAUUUCUCUCUUCGAAAAGAUAGAGUUCUGCACAAAAGGGUUGAAGGAGUCUCAGAGACGUGAGCAAGAAUUUCGCGUUAUGCGACGCGUGCAAGAGCUAUCCGAAAGAAAGCGAAGAUACACCGCCCUGGCUUUGUCAACAACAGCGGCGCUAUUGCUCUGGUUCCUUGGAGCUCUGGUCUUCUGGUGCUCAGAGAAGCCACAGGGUUUCACCUACUUUGUUGCUCUAUACUACUCCUACGUAUCGCUCCUUACGAUUGGUUACGGAGACUAUGUCGUUCAGAGCAAUGCCGGCAGGGCCUUUACCGUGUUCUGGAGUUUAGUUGCUGUCCCGACUCUAACGAUUCUCAUCUCCAAUAUGGGCGAUACCGUCAUCAAGACCUUCAAAGACUUUACCAUCUGGGUUGGCUCGCUUACAGUCUUGCCAGACGAAGAGGGACUAAGCACUGCACUCAAAGUUGGGUGGGAAAGACUCAAGACAGGCAAGUGGGAUAAGGCAGCGUAUCGAGACGAUACUGCCGGCUCAAGUGAGCAACAUGCCCGGGACCGGCUGAUGGCAUACAUUGAAGAAGACUUUGGAAGGUCAGCAGAUGCCAACGAAGGUGAAGACGAGCUCGAGCGCGACACUCGCUUCUACCAUUUUGUCCUGGCCAAGGAGAUCCGCCACCUCAUGAAGGACCUGGAGAGCUCCCCGCCAAAGCAGUACGAAUACCACGAGUGGCAGUACUACCUGCGGUUGAUAGGCCAGAACGAGAGCGACGCGUCGCUCCACCGGAAACCCCAAGUCCAUGCACACCACCACAAAGACAGCGACGCACCGGAUAUCGGAUCGGCAGACGACAGCAAGAGGCAAGCGUGGAGCUGGCUCGGGAUCCGCAGCCCGCUCAUGGGCAACCUUUCGGAGACUCAGUGGCUGCUUCAGCGGUUGGUUGCAACGCUCGAGGGGGAAAUGGUCAAGUCGGGCUCGCGGAACAAGGCUGGGAAAGCGAGACCGCCGAUUUCAAUGGCCGAGUUGAAGAGUCAUGGUAAUGGAAAGAUGUCCGAGGAGAUGAAGACUCUACAGGGGGAUAAUGGGGCUUCAGAGAUGCAGGAGCGUGGAGAGAAGCAAGCGUAGUUGUGCAGAUGGGUGAUGAAAUGUAUGCAU